UGGUGGGGUGAUUAGAGAAACAUUUGUUUUCAGUUAAUUUAAUACAUAGAAUAUAGAAUCAGACCUCAGUAUUUGUAAAAACCUAUUAAUAGGCCUUAUCAGAGGAGUUUGUGCUGUGCAGUAACCUCUCCCACGGUAGGCGUGGGUCUUUAAAACGAGCGCAUCUCCGCGUGACAUCAGCAUCUUUGUUUACUGGCUUUACACAGCUAGCUGUGCUCCCCUGCCUGAACACGUCUGCACAAGUGGUAUCUAAAGGCGGUUGUCUAUCACACUUACUUUACCGUCUGGUUAGCUGACUCAAAAAAACAUGUCGGUUAAUGGAGAAGACUCCACAGACGCGAAGCGAGAGGAUGGGCAAAGGUCAGAGGGGCCUGCACUUGCGCCCAUGGACGUGGAUGCCAAACCCCAGUCCCACAGCUUCAGAUACAGCCUCAAUUUCCCCAGCAUCGGCCAGUGCAUCAUCAUCAACAAUAAGAACUUCGACAAAAGAACAGGCAUGAAUCAGCGAAAUGGUACGGACGUAGAUGCAGCCAACGCAAUGAAAGUGUUUACCAAGUUGGGUUAUAAAGCGAAGGUUUACAAUGAUCAGACAGUCGAGCAGAUGAAACAGGUUUUAACUGCUGUGUCAAAGGAAGAUCACAGCUGCUCGGCCUCAUUCAUCUGUGUUCUGCUGAGUCAUGGAGAUGAGGGCGUGUUCUUUGGUACCGAUGGGUCAAUACAGCUUAAGGACCUCACAUCACUUUUUCGAGGCAAUCGCUGCAAGUCAUUGGUGGGAAAGCCCAAACUCUUCUUCAUCCAGGCUUGCAGAGGCACUGAUCUGGAUGCAGGCAUUGAAACAGACAGUGGCGAUAAUGGCACCACCAAGAUCCCCGUGGAAGCUGACUUCCUUUAUGCCUUCUCCACAGCCCCAGGCUACUACUCAUGGAGGAAUACUAUGACCGGGUCCUGGUUCAUCCAGUCACUCUGCGAUAUGAUCAGCAAAUACGGAGAAAAAUUGGAGCUUCAGCAUAUCAUGACACGAGUGAACCACAAGGUGGCAGUAGAGUUUGAGUCUAUCUCCAACUCACCAGAUUUUCAUGCAAAGAAACAAAUCCCAUGCAUUAUGUCUAUGCUGACCAAAGAGAUGUAUUUUUCUCCUUGAUGUUGUCUGCACAUCAGAAGACUUCAGCCUGGCAGACCUUCAUCUGCAGAAGAAAGGCUUAAGGAUGUGUAUGGGAGCGUCUUGUUUGCAAAUUAUUUUAGUUUACACAUUCUGAAUGAAUAUCUCUUGAAACCUCCGCUUAGCGUAUUUCUGGGAGAGCAGAUGCAAAAACAUUUCACAAGCUUGGGAUUAUAAGGUUCUUUCUGUGUGGGGUACUGUUCUGAGAUAUACAGCAUUAAAAAUUUUAUCCCAGCAGCAUGUCUUUUUUUAGACAUUUAAUCUAGAAAAGUUAUUUUAUAUCAUCAACAUAAAAUAAUAGCAUUUAAAUUCUGUCAAUCAUGAAAAUCUGCAGAUAAAAAAAUGUAACUGACCUUGUAAUUCCAAACUCAGUUUUUUACCAGUAGAUGCCUCUCUACCGUUUACAAUAUAUUUCAGGGAAAACAAUACUUGGAGCCAGUUUGAUAGGAAGUUUGACCUGAUCUGUUUAAUCAUGAAACCAUAGAUGGGCUUACUGCCCUCCAGCACCAACAUGUCUAUAAGCAGUUUAACUUGAAUCUAAGAGAGAUCUAUUUGGUUUGUCAUUAAGGGAUCAUGUGUGUUACUCUACUUUUUAAUUUCCUUUUUUUUUUUUUUUUUUGCACUUUUGAGUGAACUUGUACCCAGUGAGCUGUGUGGAGCCUAAACGAAUGCAUCACUUGCACUCAGUCGGUAAAUUAAAUGAUAAUGUUGUGUAGCAUAUUCAGGAUGAUCCAGUAAGCUAUCACGUGUUUUGUUAUAUUGAAGGCUGAAGGCUAAGAGUUAAAUUCUUGCUGAUUUUAAAUUUCUGCUGUCUAAACAUGGAUUUCUUUGAAUGAACUGUUGCCUGUGAAUAUCCUUAAAUAAGUGGCGACACAGGCUUCUUCAUAGCAUGCAUGAGUAAGGCCAGCCAGCCUGCACGAUGCUGUUAUUUCAGGCACAUUUUGAUGAGUUAUUCAUACUUGAACUCAGCUUUAUAUUUCAUAUUUAGCUGUGGUACAUGUAUUUUUUAUGGUUUUUAAAAUAUGUAACAGCAAAUGGGAUGCCUUUUUACUUUGCUUUAGUUACAGCCUCUCACUUUUUAAAAAUAAUUUCCAGUUUCCGACUAGUGUGAAACUGAGUGACUUUUACAUGUAACCAUCAGCCAGGAGUGAUUUAUAAAAAAGCACAAUUUGACACUGGUCUGGUUUUUUAUAAUAUCACUGUUUUGUAAGCAGCUGCACUGUGGUUGGUGUGAUGUUUUUUCCUGAAGAAUAAAAACCAGUUUUU